CCUCCUCCACACCCGGCUGCUCACGUUGGGUGGCUGCGGUGCCUUCCUCCUCCUCCUCUUUCUCCUCCUCCUCUUCCACCCCUCUAACCAUCCACCCUGCCCGGCGCUGGCAGGGGCGGCCACCACCUAUCGCGGGGCUUUGCCUCCGCCUUCCACCCGCGGAAACUUUGCUUGGCGUCAACGGGAGAGGAUGGAGCCAGGGGAGCCCCUCAACCGGUCCCAGGAGGGGGCAGAGGUGCCCCGCGGGGAGUUCAACGCUUCCGGGCUCCCUGACGCUGAGGGGAAGCCCCUCUUUGGCAUCGGCAUCGAGAACUUCAUCACCCUGAUCGUCUUCGGCUUGAUCUUCACCCUGGGGGUGCUGGGCAACUCGCUGGUGAUUACGGUGCUGGCUCGCAGCAAGCCAGGCAAGCGUCGCAGCACCACCAACAUCUUCAUCCUCAACCUGAGUAUCGCCGACCUGGCCUACCUGCUCUUCUGCAUCCCCUUCCAAUCCACGGUCUAUGUGCUGCCUACCUGGGUGCUGGGCGCCUUCAUCUGCAAGUUCAUCCAUUACUUCUUCACCGUCUCCAUGUUGGUGAGCAUCUUCACACUCUCGGCCAUGUCUGUGGACCGCUAUGUGGCCAUCGUGCACUCGCGGCGCUCCUCCACCCUGCGCGUCCCCCGCAAUGCGCUGCUGGGCGUUGGGCUCAUCUGGGCUCUCUCCUUUGCCAUGGCCUCACCAGUGGCUCAUCACCAGCACCUCUUCCACCGCAACGGCAGCGACCAGACCUUCUGCUGGGAGCACUGGCCCAAUCCACGCCACAAGAAGGUGUACGUGGUCUGCACGUUUGUCUUCGGUUAUCUGCUCCCCCUGCUGCUCAUCUCUUUCUGCUAUGCCAAGGUUCUUAAUCAUCUGCAUAAAAAGCUGAGAAAUAUAUCAAAGAAGUCAGAAGCAUCAAAGAAAAAGACAGCACAGACUGUGUUGGUGGUGGUAGUGGUUUUUGGCAUCUCCUGGCUUCCGCAUCAUGUGAUUCAUCUCUGGGCUGAAUUUGGAGUUUUCCCACUGACUCAAGCCUCAUUUCUCUUCAGGGUAGCUGCACACUGCCUGGCUUACAGCAAUUCUUCUGUAAACCCAAUUAUAUAUGCAUUUCUCUCUGAAAAUUUUAGAAAGGCCUACAAACAAGUUUUCAAAUGCCAGAUAGGUAACGAAUCACCUCUGAAUGAUGCUAAAGAAAAUAAGAGUCGGAUAGAUACACCACCAUCUACCAACAGUACACAUGUGUGAACUUUAGAAAGUCCUGUUUGCUGGCUCUUCAGCUGUAUGAAAUGAACGAAACUUCUGGAAAACAAAGCACAAUGAGCUUUAUCACAGCUUUUUCUUGAUAAAGCUAAUAGGUAUUUAAGGUAAUGAAGUUGCAUUUGUAGCAAACAUUCAUGAAACUGGUAUGAAGGAAAACCAGGCUGGUCCUUUGUAUUGUACCUUUGCCAAAUGAAGCUCCUGACCUUUGAAAGAUAAUUCAGAAACAAAACAAUGGUGAUGAUUUGUGUGUGUUCCUAUUCAUUAAGCAUCAUGUGUAUAAGCAUUCAAAUAUAAUAUACAAGAAGUAUUCGUUGAUAUGGAUAAAACACUGAACUUUCUCACGUCUUACUCCAUAGAAGCAAAGA